UGAACUUUGAGGAUGUGUUCGUGUACUUCUCCGAGGACGAGUGGGUGCUCCUUGAUGAUACCCAGAGGCUCCUGUACCGUGAUGUGAUGCUGGAGAACUUUGCACUUAUGGCCUCAUUGGGUGCUCUGGAUAUGGGACCUAGAUCCCUGAGCUGUGUGCACUGCUCUCUUCUAUUCCUGAGCACUCUGAACACCUGCUGUCCCAAGGGCUUACACAGAUGGAUCCAGGAGUUAAGUGUCCUACAGUUGGCAUAGUAGAUCCUAGUCAUUUUGUCUUUUCCCUGACUGGAUGCCUCUGUCUACAUUCAUGGCACUUUUGUGACUUAGUUUUGCCCUUCCUUUAGCUGACAUUUCCUGUGGCCUUCCUGUGCCAGGAAUUGUGUAAGAACCAUCAUGGUUACUGCUUGCUGAGACCACUGGGUCAUUUUUGCAAGACUGUACUUUGAGAUUAUUUUUAUAAUAUUUUGUUUUCUUCUCUGUGGAGUGGGUCACCCAUAUCAGUACUGGCCAUUCACAUCUUGUCUUUCCCUUAGGACAUGCAUCUUCCAUGUCUCAUGUAAUUGCCUCACUGGAGCUGGGCAGUGAGCCCUGGGUACCAGACUGGGUGGAUGUGACUCCAGCCAUUCCCAGAGAGACUUUAGGUUGGAGUGGCCCUGGUUAUCAAGGAAUGGAGCAUGAGGAGAUACCUUUUGAGCAGAGUGUUUCUAUAGAAGGAUUGUCACAGAUGAGGACUCCCAAGGAAGACCCUUCUGGGAAGGUUCACUCCUGCGAAACAUGUGGUCUGUUCUUAAAAGACAUUUUGCACUUAUCUAAGCAUCAGGAAACAUAUCCUGGACAGAAACCAUACAUGUGUGUGGCAUGUGGGAAACAAUUCUGGUUCAGUGCAAACCUUUACCAGCACCAGAAACAGCACAGUGGAGAGAGACCCUUCAGAAGAGGUGAGGGUGGGGCCUUUGUUGUGAGCAGCUGCCCUGUCCAACCAUCAGAGAUACCUUUUAUGGCCAGGGAUAGCUGUCAGGAUUUGUCGACCAGCUCGAGCAUUUUCCAGCACCAUGCCCCUCACAGUGAAUGGAAACCACACAGUAAUACCAAGGGCGAGGAGGCCUUUCACAGUGGACAGAGGCAUUACAGGUGCAGUGAAUGUGGGAAAGCCUUCAACCGCAAAGACUCACUUGUUCAGCACAGGAGAGUUCACACUGGAGAAAGGCCUUAUGAAUGUGGCGAGUGUGGGAAAACCUUUAGCCGCAAACCAAUACUUGCUCAGCAUCAGAGAAUCCACACUGGAGAAAUGCCUUAUGAGUGUGGCAUAUGUGGGAAAGUUUUUAAUCACAGCUCUAACCUUAUUGUACACCAGAGAGUACAUACUGGAGCAAGACCUUACAAGUGCAAUGAAUGUGGGAAAGCCUAUAGCCACAAAUCUACACUUGUUCAGCACGAGAGUAUUCACACUGGAGAGAGACCAUAUGAGUGCAGUGAAUGUGGGAAAUACUUUGGUCACAAAUACAGACUCAUUAAACACUGGAGUGUUCACACUGGAGCAAGGCCUUAUGAGUGCAUUGCAUGUGGAAAGUUCUUUAGUCAAAGCUCUGACCUUAUUGCACACCAAAGGGUGCAUAAUGGUGAAAAGCCUUAUGUGUGCAGUGAAUGUGGAAAAGCCUUUAGCCACAAACAUGUACUUAUUCAGCAUCAUAGAAUUCACACUGGAGAAAGGCCGUAUAAGUGCAGUGAAUGUGGGAAGGCCUUUAGGCAAAGGGCUUCCCUCAUCCGCCAUUGGAAAAUUCACACUGGAGAAAGGCCUUAGUACAGGAAAUAUGCCAUCUCUUGUUCAGCAUGACUGACCCCACAGAGAAGCAUCCAGAGUAGCCUUUGUGUGUAGCCAUCAGCCAGAAGUUAAACUUCUGACUUUGGAAUAUGAACUUGGGCAAGAUUCUUCAGAAUGUCAGCUAUGUGGGAAGUAUUCUGGAGCUAUGUUGCAUUUUCUGACCUGGAUAGGACGCUUGCUGAAAUUUACGCAUCACUGCCAGUGCCUCUGACAGUAGUCAUCUAUCUUUGGACGGACUCUGCCAGUGCAAAUUCACACCAACGUGCUUCACAAGGCAGACCUUUGUACUCCUCCUCCUCACCUUAGAGCAGUCAAUCUUCCUAAUGUCACAGCCCUUUAAUACAGUUCCUGUGGUUUGUGACCCACAGGUUGAGAACUGCCCUAGAGGGAUCAUCAGUAGUCUGAGCCCAUUGAAAAUUCUCACUCCCUCCUUCCCCUGUUUUAAGCAUAAAUACGAUGAACAUGACUUGGUUUUGGCUAGGAGGAUGGGAUCUUUGUUCUGCUGGCCACUUGUAGAAAAAGUUCCCCUUCUUCAUGGUCAUUGUUGGUCUCACAUGGCACUUGUGAUAAAUUUAUCCAGCCUCUAGGAUAUUUAAUCUGAAAUUACCUGCCUCUUACUGUUCUGGUUUUGCAACAAAUGCCUUAAUUUUUAGACCUUUAAUCUUGGGGUUCACUUUAUGGUUUGGAUUGAAAACAGAAUUAAACUAAACCAGUAGGAAAGGAUGACCAGCUUUUGUGAAAGCUGCAACAAUUUGUGUUUCAGGGGUGAGAGGAGGAUGGCAGAGAACAGCUCUUGUUCUGGUGUCAGCAUAACUUGCACUGCUGCUUAAACUCUUGAGGAGUUUAAGAAGAAGAAGAAUACCAAUCUUCAUGCGCCCAAUCUUGUGGUCUAUACACCAAGGUUAUUUGAGUGACUGAAGUCACCUUAAGCAAUGGGUGUGUGUUGUGACAAUCUCUAGUGUAUCUGGGAGCAAUAUAAAUUGGGUCCCUUGUUCCCAGAGGGUAUUUCAUAUUCCCCAGGCUCUUGAGGAGACUUUGAUUUCCUUGGGACCUGCCAAGAUCCCUGAAGUUUAUUAUAAAAUAGGGAGAUACUGCCUGUUGUCCUCCAAAGGUCCAGAAAGGAAUUAUAAUUGUUAUAGAGACACUGAUUUAUAGGAAGUUGGGAAACUACAGCAAACUCUGGGGAACUGACUCUUCUAAAGGUACAUCUGCACCUUGCCAUUACUAUGGUUAUAAGGAUUUACGUAAAUUCUUAGGACUCCUAUACCUGUGUCUCUUACAGCUAGGAUCACUGUCAGAGCAGUUAAUAUUUUCUGCAAUAAGCUGUACAUAUUUGUAGUAUAUAGUUUGAUAAGUUUUGAGAGACAUUUGUAUAUGUAAAACCAAAAAUUUCCUGAUUUCCUUUAUAAUCUCUCCCUCCCUCUCACCCAUCCCCAGACAGCUACUGAUCAUCUUCUGUCACUAGAUUUGUUUACAUUUCCUAGAGUUUUAUAUAUAGAGUAAUUUAAUAUGUACCUAAUGUAUUUGAUUUUUUAACUCUGUAUAAUUAUUUUAUGAUUGAUCUUGUUCUGUGUUCCGGUUCAUUUAUUUUCAUUUGUACUUUUGGUUGGAUUAGUGCACAGCCAGGUUUGAACCUGCCACCCUCAGUAUAUGGGGCCGGCACCUAACUAACUGACUGAGCCACAGGCACCACCCUACUUUUAAAUAUGAAAGCCAGGUCCUUUCAUUUGUCAUAUCAUUUGUUUAUUUUUAUAGUUCACUAUUUCUCCGAUGAUCAGAGUAUUAACAAUUAAUCUCAUAUACUUUGUUAUUUCAUUUAGUUUUAUUCUCAAGAAAAUUUAUGAACCUCCAAAGCAGAUAUCUUGAAUAAAUUAGUAAAAUUGAUAUACCUCCAGCCGUAGCAAAGAAAAAGACAAACCACAUAUUAAACAUGAGCAAGGAAAGAUGGUUUAGUACUAGAUAACCUCUGAAACAUAAUGGAUAAUGUGUGAUUAUUUUAAAUAGCUCUUUCUCAAUAAAUUGAAAUUUAGAGAGCAAACAUUUCCUGGAAGAUACCAACCAAUGAGGCUUACUCAAAAUAGACAGUCUGAAAAAUCCUCUGAUAUUUUAGUAUCCAAAGUAAGUAUCCUAAGUAUUCAAGGAUACUUAAUUCAUAUUACCAGACUUCUCAUAGUUCAAAUCUGUAUAAAGGUAACACCCUUUAUACUGAAAACUUUAGACCAGGAUGGAUUCACUGAUGAUUUCUACUGAAUACAUAAUGAAGAGAUAAUUAAUAUUCUUCCAAAAUAGUAAUGAACACUUCUCAGCUAAUUUUGUAAAGCCAUUAUUGCCCUGCUAACAAAACCAGGUAGUGAUGCUAAAAGAAAACAAUAGAUCAAUAUUCGUGAACAUAGAUACAAAGAAAACUUUAAUAAAAUUUUAGCAAAUUAAAUCUGACAUACAUAUAGAGAGAGAAGUUAUAUCCUAGUGAGAUUAAGGACAUAAGGUUGGUUCAACAAAUGAAAAUCUAUUCUGUUAAGUAGAAGGCAUAGUAUAAUAAAGAAUAUAUCUGGAUCUUUUUUCCUAAGCUCCUGUCACACAGUGUGAAAAAUUUUGAAAUUCUUGAGAGGAAUGUCUUUUUUUUAAAAAUAUGUAUUUGUGUCUGUAUUUUUAUAUGAGAUUGGACAGUUACGUUCAUGAAUUC